AUUUUAUAUCAAUCACUCUUGUCGAUCCAACUUAUUUUGAGAGAAAAACCGAGUUCGUGGAGAGAAGCCACAUGGUCGAGCAGUGACAUCGCCGGUUACCAACCAUUCUGACGCAUAUGUUACAUACGAUGGGACAAGUAACCAUAUACCCUUUCACGAACUAUCGGGAAAUUGAACUCUGGUAGCCGAGAUGAAAUACAACGGUGGUAACCUACUUAGGCAGGUAAAACACACUACAGGGACAUAUUAAUAUUUGUUACUGACAUGGGGUAUUGAGCGAUAUUUCCACUAGAUGUAAUUAGAAGACACGUGUGAAGAUCUGAACUGGUGGACAAUGGUAACCAUCAUCGUGAUUGGUGCUGGAGUGGUGGGACUAUCGUCAGCGGUCUCUAUCCAACGGGCACUGCCGGGGGUUAAGGUUAAGGUCGUGGCUGACAGGUUCUAUGAUCAAACAACAAGCAUUGGAGCUGCAGGAAUCUUCAUUCCAACAACAAGAGACAUCCCCGGAGUACCUAUUGAAUUACUUAGGCGAUGGUGUGAGACGUCGUGGAGCGCCUACUCUCAGAUGGCCACUUCUGACCUAGCGAGUACAACUGGCCACACAGUAUCGCAUGGAUACUUCCUCUUCAGAACUAAAAUGAAAGAGAUACCCUUGUAUGCCAGUAUGGUGUACUCAUUCCAUGAAAUGUUGCCAGAGGAGCUUACUCGACUAGGAGUCUACGAAAACUUUAGAUUCGGAUAUGAGAUAACAACAAUCAUAACAAAUAUGAGGAAAUACAUGACCUGGCUGAUGACUCAAUUCACUGCAAACGGUGGAGAGGUAGAGAGGAGAUCAAUAAGAAGAUUGAGUGAACUGUGUGGUCAGUGCGACAUAGUGGUCAACUGUUCUGGUCUGGGCAGUCAACAGCUAUGUGGAGACAAGCUCCUUCACCCAGUUCGUGGGCAGCUUAUCAAGGUGAAGGCACCCUGGGUAAGGGAUUGGGUCUUCACCGACACAAUGGCACAAAUAUUUCCAAGUGACGAUUUUACCGUGAUCGGAGGAGUAAAGGAUAAGGACAACAGGUCGAUGACGCCGGAUCCGUCCGUUAGACAAGGGAUUCUGGACAGGUGCCUCCGUUUUUGGCCUGCAUUAACGGGCGCGAAGGUGAUGGGUGACUGGGUAGGCCUGAGACCCAUGAGAGUACCAGUCAGACUGGAAAAGGAGGCCCUCCGUUUACCGGAAGGAAUUUUAAAUGUAGUACAUAACUAUGGUCAUGGCUUCAACGGCGUUGUUUUAAGCUGGGGAACCGCUGUGGAGGCGACUGAAAUGGUUAAAGAUCUUAUAUCUAAAAUACCACCAUCGUCUACUGGGAGAAUGUCACGUAUAUGUGUGAUAGGGGCUGGUGUGGUCGGGCUGUCAACAGGAAUCAACAUACAAAAACUUCUUCCUAAUGUCAGUGUUCAGAUUAUAGCCGACAGAUUCGAGGAGGAAACGACAAGUAUCGGCGCCGGUGGACUGUUCCGUCCUAACGCCGGACACACGAAAGGACACCCCGAGGAUGUCGCCAGGAAAUGGGCGAAUGAGACAUGGAAAUUUUACUCGGCGAUGGCUACCUCGGACAUGUCGUGCGAGACUGGACACAGUGUUUCGUCAGGCUACAUCUUCAGCAGGGAGGAAAUCGUGAACCCGAUAUACGAGAGUAUUGUGUUUAGCUGUAGGCAGAUGUCCACAUCUGAAUUGGCCGGCCUUGGAAUCACACAGUACAAGUACGGGUACCACAUCACGACUGUCCUAACGGAGAUGAGGAAAUACAUGCCUUGGCUCAUGAACAAGUUCAAAGAAAAUGGCGGAAAAGUUGAAAAAAGGAAAAUUGAAGAUCUGUCCGAGCUGUAUGGUCAGUAUGACGUAGUGGUCAACUGUGCAGGUCUUGGAAGCCGAGAACUUCUUGGUGAUCAGGAAAUACACCCCGUCCGAGGACACCUGAUUCGGGUCAUAGCUCCGUGGAUAAAACAAUGGGUGUUCACGGACGACGAUACGUAUUUCAUUACAAAUGGCGACUCUUUGGUCCUUGGAGGGGUGAGACAGAAGGGAAAUUUUAGUCUACAAAUCGACCAGCGAGACAGAGCAGGGAUUCUCGAAAGGUGUUACAAACUUUGGCCCGCCUUACAGGGUGCCAAAAUCGUGGACGAAUGGGUGGGUCUGAGGCCAACUCGAUACCCUCUGAGGUUGGAGAGAGAAACAUUGAAUCUUCAACAGGGAGAAAUGAAGAUUGUCCAUAACUAUGGUCACGGCGGCAGUGGCGUGACGCUAAGCUGGGGUACAGCUGUAGAAGCUGCACAGCUCGUCAAGGAUACUAUAACGGGAACAUUAAGCGCUAAAAUGUAGAAAAUUAGAAUUUGUUUUAUCAUUUAUUUUUGACACUUUGUGACAGGAUCGUAUUACAGUAUAUGACUGCCUGGUUUGCAGGUAAACUUUGGCAAUAUUUAGUCGGAUAUAUAAUGGUAUUGUUUUCACUGAUAUGAACUGGUUUAUCUGUGAAAGGCGGGGCUUCGCGUCUGGAAAUCUAGUCUCUUACAUGCAUAUAGUAAUUGUUUUUGUCUUUGUUUCACACCAAAAUGUGUCAGUGGUCAAACUCGCAAUAUUGAUCGACGAUUUGUUACAUUCAUCUUUUUGCGUUGUCGCCCGUGACGCCAAGCAACAAUACGGAAAGAAAAAAAAGGACGAUUACUUAAAAAGAAAAGUACUACUAAUGAAAAACCGAAAACUGCAAAAAAGAAAAAAAAGAGCUUAAUAAUAUUACAUGUAGUCGUACAUUCUUACAUCUCAUUAUUUGAUAACAUCUGUUACAUUUAUAACCGUUGUUUGUUUUGAAUCGAUGUCGACAUGUGACACGGUGCUCUCAGUGGUUAUUAAAUAUUUAACUCCAA